GAACUCGGAUCAAAUUUCUUAUGAAUAUUUCUGUUUCCCUGUAUCCUUGGUAUCAUUGAAUUUUGCUCGGGCAAACUGUGUGUUGCUCAAAUAAAUAGACAAAGAAAGAAAAAAUGCAAAAGUGAGAAACUAGGAAGUGAAUAAACAGACAUGAAUAAAAAUAUUAUUGAGUCGUUCUAUGUUGCUUCUUCGUUAACUUUAAACUCCUGAAAAAUUCAUCAUGAAGCUGGCAUUUUUUGCAUGUUGCACGACCUGGCCAAACGAUGAAGCAUCAAGUUCGACGGUGCAACAACUUUGACCCCUUCUCAGCCUCAACCAGGAGACGUUAUAACGCGCAACAUAGAAGGAAACACGAUCCAAUAUUUUGUGUGUCCGGGGGUUUAGAGGAAUUAUAAAAAAAGGUUUUGAAUCCACUUGGGUAAUUUUUCAUCUACUUGGGUCCUUAUUCUUCUUGGUGACCUGUGCAACCGCGCCAUUACACUUUAUAUUGCUCCCUUUUACAGCCAUAUCCCAGGGAAAUAUUGUAUUUUUACAACUGAAUUUUGACGAUGCUACGUAAAAUUUUCAAUGUUCAGGUAUGAUGUAAAGAUAGAGUAAUACAAUCAUACUCGCGUCAUAUUUUUCGCCAAAAGAGCGUAUGAUGGAAUAGGAACACCAAAGGAAAAAUGGGUUAAACAAAAACCCUUCUAACGGGAAGAUACCCAAGUUGAAUGUUUGAUACCAGAUACGAUUCGAGUCAUUUAGAGUAUCAUGUAAAGAAGAAGCGAAGGCUUGCUGUUGAACGUUUGCACACUCAGCUUUAGGCCAAUGCCAUGCAGUUCCCUCUAUGGUGCCAUGCUGAGACUCAUUCGAGUCUUUUUCUCAGUAUUCCAAGCAGUUUUGAUUCAAGAACAGAAGAUAUUGAAAUGAAUCCGGCAAUUUAUUUGAUCUCAUCAUCACUUGGAUUUUCAUUACUUGAUAUUCUACCUUUGUAAGAGUUGCACGUCUUACAAAUUCCAAAGUAGCUCUUAGAAAGGGUGAAGGGUGCGUUUUGAUAAGCUUCAAAGUUAUACGAGGCUACCAGUCGACUCCUUUGAAAAAACAUGACGAGAGAAAAAUAUUUUUGAUAUUGAAAUUGAAAUGUUAAAAAUUCAUCUUUGAGAAAAACGUUGUGUAGAAUCUUAACGCUAAAGUUAUAUAUGAUGUGAAUUUCUAGCACGAUUACGCAACAAUAGAUGAAAAAUAAUUUUUUUUGGUGAAAAAUAUGACGCGAAGAUGACUAGAAUUUGAGCGUGUAAUCCUUCCUUUAAGGUAAAAAGGGUGUUUUGUUAAACUUAGUGAAAUUUUCUAUGAAAGAUCGAUUUCGAUUAGAUUAAUCAAUGGGGAAAAGAAAACUUUUUCAGAAAUUUUUUACACGGUAGCAUUACACUUGAUAACGAAGUAUUCAGAUUUUCAUACAUGAAUUUUGAGCAACAUCAACCUACAUCAACAAACUGGAUCCAGACUUUUUUCGGUGAGCUUGAGAAAACCUUAGGUUUUGGUCAAAUCUACUCUCCAGAGUGCUUAUAAGCUAUAGGACGUAUGUUAUAUGAUAUCAUUUAUACAUUCUUAAUUCAAUUCUUAUUUCCGUUUCGGAAAUAAUGCUUCUUUGGCUCCCUUUCACGAUUUUAGAGCCGUUAUUUCAUACUGUGGUCCUGCCAUUAAGUCCACUCAAAUCCUUAUAAAUCUACUUCAGCGACUCUGGUCUUGCCAUCAAAAUAAACAAGAAAGGGUUUUCCUUUGUCAAAUUAACAUUACCAAGAAGCCAUCGAAAGGGAGACUAGAGGAAAUACGAAACAGAGGCAAUGAGGUCAACCUCUUGCAUUACUGGUUAAAUCUGUGGUGUAAACCUAGAUGCUCGCUUUUCAAAUCUUCACAAAGAGCAAUGGGACAACUGAACAUUUUCAUUUGAUCCAAGUCGUCCCAGACAUCCAAGGGUUUAAAGAAAAAGAAGCAUUGUUGAUAGAUGAUGUAUCUCGCUUUUCUAAACUCUUUCAUUUGAAAAAAAACUAAUGCCUUUUUGCAAAUCAUAUGAAAGUAAAUGAAUGGUUUAAUAGGCUCAUCGAUGAUCAGCCAGAAAACAAUGAGUUCCUACAAAAAAGUCCUUUUAACAAAAGCAGAACUGUGAUUUGAAAUUUAUUGCUUGGUAGUUCUUGAUACUAUAAUGUGAGAUACCUCUUCCAUUUGAGAGUCAAAUAGACACUGAAAGUCUGCGACUUGCAGUCAAAUACCAGAGUUAUCAAAUAGUAAAAUUAUAAGAUAACUUAUCAAAUAUAGUCACACAUAAAGAUAGUUUUCAAAGUAUCAAAUAGGUUAGACUUGUCUUAAACAUAAGUAAUGCUUGCUUUGUUAAGCCCCCUCUCCCCUUUCAGGUCUCCAGCAAAAGUUAUACAUUUCUCCCUGCCUCUACAUUUGUAGCGUCAUUGAAUCGACUAGGAGAUGCAUAAAAGAGACUCUUGAACUUACACAGAGAUUUUUACUAGCUCAUCAUUAUUCACCAAUGGACUGCUUCAGAGUACUGCAUGUAAUAAUAAUUUGACAUGUUGAAACUAUUUGAAUAAUGGAAAUUUUGUCGUUAAAGGCUCUUCGUGUUUGUAGCGAAGUUUCUUUGGCUUGAAAAAGUGGUAUGUAUGAAGGCUGACAUAGUUUAUGUCUGGGAUAAGUCAAAAAUUGUGAAACAAGUCCUCCUCCUUUUGAGAAUGAGCGGUAAAGACAGCGAGAACAACAGCAAUAAAAGUAAAGUUAAGACGUUUUAACCAAUCGCAAUAAAGACAGCAAGUCGCCAACAUUCGAGAUGACAAAAAUGGUAUUAUUUGCAUGUUUGAUUCAUUUUGAGUAAAACCAUUGCAACUAAAAAUAUGGGGCAUCAAACUAUUAUUCAAAACUUAUUGAUUUUAAGGCUAUGCGAAUAAUCUCUUGACAUCACAUUUGCGAUAGUGUCAGUUUAUUACGAUUCUAGAGAAUCCCUUGUUGUGUCUUAUCAUGAUGAUAUUCUGCAAAUGUGUCAUGAAAAGCAAAGUUUCGAUCCCAUACCUGGAGGUACCCAGGCUUUUUGAUCAAGCAGAAAGCAAUUUUGAAAACAACAUGAACAACAGUAAAAUAUUUUACAUGUUUUGGAAACGAGGCUAAUAAUCUUGAUUGAAAAACAUGGGGUAAGGUAGAUAAAAUGAAUUUGAAGGAACAUAAUUUUUAAACUGUUUUACAGUAAUUGAAAGUCUGAUUAUAUCUUGCAUAAGAUGGAAAUCAAAAUUUUUCAUUAAAAGGUUAAAAAUUUCUAACACAAACAGGCAAAAUUCACAUUGACUAUCGUCUAUUUGCAGUUUCUAUAUAUCAAAGGAUAGUAAUACUCAUCAGUGCCGUCGGAACGAAAUUCAUAUUGGGUGGGCUGCCGUUGUUUUCCUUGCCAUUUAGUUCACUGUUAUAAAGGAAACAUACUACAGUUUGAAAAUUAUUGGAGGGGCUCCAGCCCUCCGGUUUCGAAGGGCCUGCCCAUAGAAAACAGGAAAAUAUCUGAUCUUCCUGUAAAACUCAUAACAUACUUCAUCAGCAAGAUACUAUGAAAGGAAUGCGGAAAAGCGUUAUAUGAAAGCGAAAUAUGAAAUAUGAAAUAUGAAACCAGUGGUGUAGUGCUAUCAAAAUGGCAAGCACAAAGUGUUGCGAAAAACAAUAAACUUUAAAGUUGAGGACUGGAGCACAGGCCACUUAACCCUUUACUUGGCGUUGUAGCCAUAUGGCAACAAUAAUUUUAGGGCUCUAUUAUGAAAUAGCCUCAUUUUCACAAUGUAGUGUACCCAGUAGGCAUUGUAUAUUGCUACCUGAUACGCACGUUGAUAAAGUGACUUGGCCUGUUACUCAAGGACACGUGCUGCAAUCUUGAUUGGAACAGAAGGUGGUUUCGGGUAUCAAGGCAAUGGAUUGUAGCAAAAGGAUUGGUUUCAAGGAUGCUCUUGCAUUUGUUCUUGAUGGAAAUGAAUCAGACAUAUCUGGUUUUAGUUCUGAUGAGGAUGAUGAUAAACCAAAAAAUGAUUCUUUGUUAUUAAAUAGGCUUGAAACAGAUGAAGAAAGUAUGGGUCAAAGUAAUGAAUUGAAAGGCAAUACCAAUAAGGAGGACAGUGAUGAAAAUGAAGAGGCAGAGGAGGAACCCUCUGGAUCUAUGAAGAAACAUGUUUACCGAUGGAGGAAAAAAGACAUCCCUAAGCAUAAUGGAAUCUUUACUCCAGAUAUUUUAGAAAAUGAAGAUAACACAAUAAAAACACCUUUGGAAUAUUUCAAGAUGUUUUGGUCAGACAAGCUGACCGACACAGUUGUUGAAAACACCAAUUUAUACAGCACACAGAAGAGUGGAGUAUCAUUAAACACCAGCAGAUCUGAGAUUGAGCAAUACAUUGGAAUGCAUAUCAAAAUGGGUGUAAUUAGUCUUCCAGCAUACACCCUGUAUUGGUCAAAUGAAAUGCGAUAUUCGCCCAUUGCAGACAUCAUGUCACUAAAACGGUUCCAGAAGUUGCGAAGAAAUCUUCAUUUUGUUGACAAUUCAACAUUCACAGAUGGAGCUAGUGAUAAGUUGUUUAAGAUCAAACCAAUUGUUGAGGGAUUACGAAAUCAAUGUAUUUUGGUGAAACCUGAAGAGGUGCACUCGGUAGAUGAGCAGAUAAUACCAUCUAAAAGCAGAUACACAAAGAUUCGCCAAUAUAACCCCAAAAAACCUGUAAAAUGGGGUUUUAAAAAUCUGGUUAGAGCCGGUGCAUCUGGCAUAAUCUAUGAUUUUUACAUCUACACAGGCAAAGCAAAUGAUGAUUAUCCAGAUGAGGGCUUCCAGUCUCUUCAAAAGUGUGCCCAAGUUGUUGCCAGAUUGUGCAAAGACCUGCCUUCAAAUAGAAAUCACAGAUUGCUUUUUGAUAACUGGUUCACAACGUUGGACCUUCUUAUCUAUUUGAAAAAGAUAGGGAUCCUAGCAUGUGGAACCGUGCGCAGCAAUCGUCUACAAGGCUGCCCAUUGCAAUCCAAUAAAGAGAUGAAAAAGGCAGGUCGUGGAUCAAUGGACUACAAGUCAGACAUGAAUUCGGGAAUUGUUGUGACAAAAUGGCUAGAUAACAAUUGUGUUCAUAUUGCGUCCAAUUUUGUAGGAAUUGAUCCACUUGGUACAAUUGAGAGAUGGUGCACUGACGACAAAGAAAGGAAACAAAUUCCAUGCCCAAUAAUUAUUUUGUUUUACAAUGAAGGUAUGGGAGGUGUGGAUCUUUGUGACAUGUUGAUUAGCCUUUAUCGCAUCACUGUCAAGACCAGAAGAUGGUACAUCAAGAUCUUCUGGCAUUGCAUUGACAUUGCAAAAGUGAAUGCCUGGUUGUUGUACAAGCGACAUUGCAAGGAACACGGUAUUGGAAGAAGAAAUCAAUUAUCUUUGCUGAAGUUCAUCCUGAAAAUAGCUGACGCUCUUAUUCAUUCCAACAGACAAGUUUGCCCAGUUGCAACUCCAGGAAAAGCUGGUAGACCACGAAAACGAAAAAGACAGAUGGAAGAAGCAACAAAAAGAGGAAGAAAGCCAUUCACUCCUCCUCCAAGAAAAGAAGUUCGUGAGGAUAAGUUUGCCCAUUGGCCUGAAGUUCGAAGUGAUUGUAAAGGAAGAUGCAGGCAAUGUCAAACAGGAUUCUCAAGGGUCUAUUGCAUUAAAUGUGGAAUGUGCUUGUGCCUCACUGGAGAGAAGAACUGUUUUUUUGACUAUCAUUCAGCAUAGACUAUGAUGCAUGUUCACUUUUCUUCCUGCUGUUUUAUUGAGAACUGCUUUUAUAUCCUAUUUUUGACGGUUUUGCAUAAUAUGGUCUUAUAGAGCAUAAUGCUUCCAGGCUUAUGUAUUUUUAGUCAACCAUCAUUUUCUGAGCUACAUUUUUCUGCACACAUAUAAUUAUAUGAUGUACCCAUGUAUUUCAGCAUUUAUGUAUGGGAUAAGUGAUUAUAAAUGAGUGUUAGGUUCUUGCCAAUUUUUUAGCAAUUUUUAAACAUUUUUAUCUUACAAUAAUGAAAUUUAGGAUGCUUAUCCUAAAAAAAUAGAACAGCAAUAUUAUGAAAAAGAUGUAAGAUUAUUUUGAAAGCUAUUAUUGGUAACUUACUUCCAGGUUUCCUGACCUAUUUGAUUGGAUCUUUUUAUACCACCGCUUGGCAAUGUAGCCAUAUGGCAACAAUUCCUGGCCCCCCUCAAAAUGUGUGAAAAUUAUCUUUUGCAUAAAAAAUGUUAUAUUUGCAUUAUAAUAGAUGUGUAAGCCAAAGAUAAAAUUUUUUUGUUCACUAAAUCAAUAUUUGCCAAGUAAAGGGUUAAAGACAGAUAUUGUAAUAAAAGUAAUAAUAAAAUGGAUCGUGAACUGAAUAGGUUUUCCAAGUUUUUUUAUCAAUUAUACUAUACCAAAUUAUACUAAAUGCCUGUCGUACAAUGUAAUGUUACAAUACAACUUGAGUUUACUGUAAAACAGAAAGGGAAUCUUCUAGAGCAGAAUUUUUUUUUAAAGUAAAACAGCAACAUCGACGAUAUACAAAUAGGGCUGUCGAGAGCGUGGCGGGGGAGCAAUUUCCAAAGGGGGGCCUCGAGAUCUAGGAGGGGGGCUCAAAGAGCGAUGAAUUCCAUUUUAAGAAUGCAAUUAAAUAAACUUUAUAAACGAUUGGCUAAAAACCGGUAAACAAUUUUCAAACGAUUGCAAAAAAUUGACGGCACGAAACAUUCUGAAAUGUAUCGAAAGCUAAUCCAAAGAGGAAAACAGUUUUGCUCCAGGGUCUUCAAAACGUUGCUGCUCAGAUUCCCUAUAGGCCUUUGCUUCAUCUAUCCCUCCUACUAGUGUGCAAUAGGGCCGCCGAUAAGAAGAUAGAAGGUAAAAAUAUAAAUAAGGUGAAAUCUUGGCGUUGUUUGAUGGCUGCUGUCUACCAACAAAUGAUUGGAAGCAAAAUUUACCGAAGGACACAGGAUAUUGGGACGAAGGAAACCCCAAACACCCCCUGCUAAUUCCGUUCCUGAUGAGGCCCCUAUACCUCGAGGCCCUGGGACAAUUUGCCCCCCCUCUCGGCGGCCAUGGUGUGCAGAACAGAAAAUGAUAAAGAUUUAGUCAAGGGUCUGAAAUACCCAAUUAUAGUACAAAGACCUGAUAUGUUAGCAAUCAGUAAACGCAAGGUCAUGCCCAUCGCUCGAUGUGACUGUAUGCACAGCUCAUCACGUGUCCAUAUCGCACAAUGACCAUGACCUUGUAAUUCCUGACCUUUGAACACGACAUACCGACAGUACAAUUAACAUUUGAUAAACCAAAGAUGGCUUGGAAUUGCAUGAAUUCUAGAGAAACGUGUCUAUUUAUUCUAGUUUUAUUUAAUGUUGACUUCGAAUUCUACUGUUGGCAGCUUCCAGCCUUCUGAAACAGUGGCGGAGCCAUGGGGGGAAUAAGGGGGACUAAUCCCCCCCACUUUUUCAGAAAGUUGGUCCUUGAGAUUCUCGCAAACCUGAUAAGAAAACUUCAGGGAGGGGGGUAUGUACGUUAUCUAGAUCGUCGCAUGUAAAUGACAUUUCUUGGGAGAAAACAUGUCUUUCUCCGGAAGAAAAAGUUUCAAACAGGGGGAAGGGCGUGGUCCAAAAGGGCGUUGUCCCUUGAACACCUUUUGCCCCCCUACUUAUCCCAGGCUGGAGCCGCCAUUGCUCUGAAACCCCUAGCACCUAUCCUGUGCUAAAAACCCCCAACCUGAAGGGAGAGGGUCCGGAGCACAGGCUACCCAGCACCCCGAAUCCCUCUGUUCACGAAUACCCCCAAAUUUGCACACUUUCAAAAGACAUUACUUGAAAAAUCUGUCUUUCCUAGGACAUGAUUUUGCCCCUUGACGUAAAUUUGCUCUGAUACCCCUGAAUCAAGAUUUUCAUUUGAAAGUUAUUUUCAAUUCGGAAUGAUUCUCUAAUGGCUUCCUUUCAUUGGAAGGGAAAAGACUGGGAAAUUCCUUUCGAAAUUGAUGAUUUGAAAUAAGUUUUACUGACCAUUCAGGCCAAUCCAAUUAUUGUAACCACCCUGACCUUGGAGGCCAUCGGCUCUUAGCGUGGGCGGGUCCAGGCACAACUUGAUUUUGUGAGAGUGCGGCGACGUCACCACUGACAACACACCAUAAAACAUUCCAUCAUUAAACCCUGAUAUGCGAUGAUUUUACUAGCUACUAUGAAUUUCGAGAUUAAUAAAAGGUACUGCAACCGACACAUUCAAUGAAAUGGUGCUAAUAUAAAAUUUGCAGUUAGUGUCAUUAGAGCACUUUGAGUGUGUAGUGUUUACUACUAGCGGUACCAUUGUGAACGUCACGAUUGCCGGUGAAAAGAAACUUGAAUCACGUGAUAAUUCUACGCAUCGGGGGGGCUCAUGGAUGGAUAUGGUUUUUCCCAGAUAUGCUCUUUCAGGAGCGAUUGUGAAAUUUUUUUACCUUACGUAGCAUUUGCAAUUUAAAUGAAAAAUUAAUUAAAAUAUUUCUGGGCUGCUCUUUCUUUUUAUCAAGAAUCUUUACAAUGAAAUUCUAAAAUCCCAUAUCUCUAUCUUGAAAGAAAUAAACAGAUAGAGUAACAGGAAUUAAUUAUAACCACACGUAGCAUUGUUGGAAAUUUGACUCUAACUUUAUUUGCAAAAUCUGCACAAUGUUUCAG